AUGUUCAAUCUUUACCCCUCGCCGCCGGGGAAUCUUUCUCUCUCGAUCUCGCACCGGGAGAAAGGGUCUAAUAUGCCGAAGAACCGGGGUGCUGAUGCCGCCCUUUUGACUCCCCAAAAGCUAGCCGCCGCCCUGGCUGCUGCGUCUUCUUCUGCUGCGUCUGCCUCAGCAGGAGGGGCGGCAGGGAGGAGUGCAGCUGGCGCUACAGCCGGAGGGGCAGCAGCAGGGAGGGCUGUAGCGGGAGGGGCGGAUGUAGCAUGGGCGCGGUCGAUCAGGGCGUGGUGGGUUCGGCCGUUGCCGGCGCUACGGAGGUUGGAGCGGCACGACCUGUGUUUCCGACAGUUACGCUGGUUACCACCUGCGAGAACGCUGGAGGAGUUUCAUUCGCUGCUGAACGCUGUUGCUCCGGAAAAAUACGUGUCUCUGAUAGUGGUGCCAUUCGACGGCCGAGAUCUCAUCAACAACUGGCUCUGCCACAUCGACGGCUCUGGUGUCUCCAACAUCAUCCUCAUCGAUGAUUCAGGGUCAGGCGGCUAUUACACAGCAGACGACGCGGAGGAUUGGGAGGGGGAAGGGGAUAGUCUGUUUGGCCGCAGUAGCAGCAGUGGGGAUGGUAAUGGUGACGGAGUGGGUAAUCCUGGGGCUGUUACUGGCUACGGAGGGGAGGAAGAGGAGGAGGAGGAUGAGCUCCUCGUUCCUCGUUGUGCGAUCCUUGCCGUCGACCAUCGCCGCGUGGGGGCAGCUGGAAAAGUUUUGCGCGCGGACCCCGUUGCUGACCAACGUGCUUGCGGGCAGCAUGGUGGUUAA